GGAAUGUCGUCAUCCAACAGGAAGGGAAAGUGCCGAUUUCCCAUUGGUGUGGGCUCAUUUCUACUCAAGUGUAACCGCGGAGAGCCACAGUCCGGAUCCCCUCAGACAGACCUCCUCAGACAUGCAGAGCCUUCGGGCCGUGCUGCAGGCCUGCUGAGUCAGAACCUGCCUGUGCACAGCUUCCCCAGUUACCCACCUCAUGCAACUGCAAGACGAGUGAUUAAGAGGCUGGCAUCAUCCACCACUAGCUUUAAUAUAAAGUCAGAAUCACCAAUACAGAUUGCGACUACACCCGGUGGAACUUUGCUUGAUCUCAAAGACUGGUGGCAACGCCAAGAGCUUGAGAGUGUCCAGCUUACCCAAGGUCAUGCAGCUAACCAGAAACAGAUCAAAGGACAAAACCCAGGUCUCCCGACACCCACACGAAGGAAGCAGAAUGCUAGACGCUCGGGCGAUGAAGAUGAAUACCACCACGUCCUCAGAGUGUUCAGGUUGUCUGUUCGUGAACCAGCAAUUAUCACACAAUAUCAGAAGGAAAGACAAGCCCUCCUGGCUUUGGACUACCCUGACUCUAGUUACACCGGAGUCUCCGCCAGCAUAGCAAUCAAGCAUCAGUCAACCACAGGUUGCCAACUUUCAUGUCUCUAUAAGGAAAAUGCCUCCUCAUACCAGGACCAUAUAAGGGCCAAGGCCUUCCCAAAUCCAGUGAAAGUUAUUUUGGCCAUUCCAGGAUUCAAAGUUUUCCCUCUCUUUGAACUCUUUCCUAAAAUAAUCAUAGGGAUUCUUAAUAACCAAAUCAAGGAUUCUUUACCCAGGAAAGUGAAAACCUUAAAACGCAUCGAAGAAAUCUGCACCUUCCUUAAUGAUGCUCAAUUCCUAGAGCUACUUCAGCUGCAGUGGGAACCAUGGUGCCCUUACUCCCUGAGAAAGUGUCAGUCCAGGCCGUCAGACGGCUACACACACGCAGGGUGA